ACAAGAAAGAUGGCGACCACGUCGAGUCCUCUUCAGGAGAUAAACAUGAAUUCUCCGAAGAAAUCCAACAAGAAUAAGAAGAGAUUGUCUGUUGAGCGCAUUUAUCAGAAGAAGACUCAACUCGAGCAUAUUCUUCUUCGUCCUGACACUUACAUCGGUUCAGUGGAGCCCAAUAAACAGUCUAUGUGGGUAUAUGAUGACAUCCUGGAUGCUAUUGUUAGCAAAGAAAUAACCUAUGUCCCUGGUCUUUACAAAAUAUUUGAUGAAAUUCUAGUCAAUGCAGCGGACAACAAACAAAGGGACGCCAACAUGAGCACUAUCAAGAUAGACAUUAAUCCGUAA